ACCUCUCACCGCUCUCUUUCUCGCCCAGCUCCUCCUGCACCUUCAACCCUCCCUUCCCUGACAGCAUAUGGCUGCCGUUCGCGAAAUGGCCUGCUUGCGGUGACGCGAAAAGGAGGUCUUAGACUUAGGCUUUAUUAUUUCAGCCGCAGUGACAGCCAAGGGGGGAGUGGCUGUUUCGAUAGAUUGAGUCUGAAGUCGCAUUGCCGUGGCUGUUGCCCAUGGACGAAGCGACUCUGGAUGAUUUGAUCGCGCGGCUGCUGGACGUGCGGAAUGGACGACCAGGGAAGCUCGUGCAACUGACGGAAGCAGAGAUUCGCAAUCUCUGCACCACCGCGAGAGACGUCUUUCUGCAGCAGCCUAACCUCCUGGAGCUAGAAGCCCCCAUCAAAAUAUGCGGCGACAUUCACGGCCAGUACUCGGACCUCCUUCGCCUCUUUGAGUACGGCGGUUUCCCCCCCGAAGCCAACUACUUGUUCCUAGGAGACUACGUGGAUCGAGGCAAGCAGAGCCUGGAGACGAUCUGCCUGCUGUUGGCGUACAAGAUCAAGUACCCGGAGAACUUCUUUCUGCUGCGAGGCAACCAUGAAUGCGCCUCCAUUAACCGCAUCUACGGCUUCUACGAUGAGUGCAAGCGCAGGUACAACAUUCGGCUAUGGAAGACCUUCACCGAGUGCUUCAACUGCCUGCCAGUCGCUGCGUUGAUAGACGAGAAGAUUCUCUGCAUGCACGGCGGCCUCUCGCCCGACCUGCGGUCGCUGGACCAGAUCAAGAAGAUCGGCCGCCCCACUGAUGUCCCCGACGCCGGUCUGCUGUGCGACCUGCUCUGGGCUGACCCUGACAAGGACAUCCAGGGGUGGGGGGACAACGACCGGGGCGUGUCGUACACGUUUGGCGCGGAUGCCGUCACUGACUUCCUUGACCAGCACGACCUGGACCUCGUGUGCCGCGCGCAUCAGGUGGUGGAAGACGGCUACGAGUUCUUUGCCAAGCGCCAGCUCGUCACGGUGUUCUCCGCGCCCAACUACUGUGGGGAGUUUGACAAUGCGGGCGCCAUGAUGAGCGUGGACGAGAGCCUCAUGUGCUCCUUCCAGAUCCUUAAACCAGCUGAGAAGAAGCCCAAGUUCGGCUAUGGGGCAGCAGGAGGGGCACGUGGAGCAGGCCAACCACGUGGUGGACGGAGAUGAUUCAGGCCAUCAGCUCCUGUGAUCAAAAUUCACACUAAUUGGCCUAAUUUUUGGGUGGUCGAGACCUGGGCCAGGCAUACAUUGCGAUGCGAACUGAUUGGGUGCAUGAGUUCCAAGUGGCAGAGGCGAUGCCGGGUGCUUCUGGUAGCACCUUCACAUGAUUGUGAUUCCCUAUUUCCUUGUGGAGGGUGAAGGUGCAUGGGCGCACUCAUGCAGCACCCUCUUACAAUUAGAAAUGCCAUUGGCAUGCAGUUUUUAAAUGGUUGCUGAUUAAUUGGUUCAGCAUGACAUGUACAGUAUUCCGUAUUUUGUUCACAUGGCCUGGUUCCUGCCCAUAAU